AUAUUUGCAUAACACGUGUCAUCAGGGCUUUCGAGUGGCCGCUAUGCGUACAUGUAGAUGUACACGCGACCAACAUGAAUGUCCUGCUAGUUUCUAUAUGUGUCUUUGUCCAUUGCGUUUAUUUGAUGUCAAUAUUCGACAUGUAUUUCCGUUCACCAGUCGUGAAUGGAAUGACGCCUCAUUCUGUCAGCUUGAACCCACCAGCCAAGCGGCUUGUCCUAGUUUCAAUAGACGGCGUGCGCGCCGACAAGUUUUUCGGACUAGACUUGGACGGGGAGACUCUGGCUCCAUUCUUACGUGAAAUUCUGCAGACACGCGGCAGCUGGGGACUGUCCCACACAAGAGUUCCGACUGAAACAAGGCCUUGCCAUGUUGCUCUGUUGGCAGGAUUUUACGAAGAUGUGAGUGCUGUAACAAAGGGAUGGAAAGAGAAUCCGGUCAACUUUGACUCUAUUCUAAACCAAUCUCGUCGGGCCUGGUGUUGGGGUAGCUCGGAAGUGUUGCUUGUGUUUGAUCCCGCCGACGGGACGGGACCUCAUCACGUGACCACAUUCAUGUAUCCCGAUGAAUAUAACGACUUUGGCCAGGCUGAUGCUACCAUUUUAGACUCUUGGGUAUUCGAACGAGUGGAGAAGUUUUUCCAGGAGGCUUCAGAAGAUGCUACUACACAAAAAGAAAUAAACCAAGAGAGAGUCGUGCUAUUUAUUCAUCUCAUGGCCACAGACACAAUCGGCCAUGUUCACAAACCUUUCUCUGACAUGUACUUGAAUAAUAUACGUAAAGUAGAUCGUGGCAUCAAGCGUGUGGUUGAAAUUAUUGACAAUUUCUUCCAGGACAAUCAGACUGCGUACAUUGUGACUAGCGAUCACGGCAUGACCGACUGGGGAUCACACGGUGCCGGUGACAAACACGAAACUGUUACACCUCUGGUAGCAUGGGGAGCAGGAAUUUCUGGGCCUGAGGUAGAACAUGCAGACACACCUUUCAGGUCUGAGAUAUCGCCGGACUCGUGGGGACUAGGUGGUUAUCUACGAAAAGAUGUGUCACAAGCAGACCUUACACCGCUAAUGGCCACUCUUAUUGACAUCCCCAUUCCUGUCAACAGCGUAGGGACAUUACCAUUGUCAUACAUCAAUGCCAGCUUAAAAUUCAAAGCCUAUAGUAUGAUGACAAACGCUAAGCAAAUGCUCGAACAGUUGGUUGUGAAAGAAAGUAGAGUUAAAGCAUCAACCCUUCAAUUGCACUAUAAACCAUACGAACCACUGAGUCCAAGUAAGCGGAUAUUGGCAAUGCGAGAGGUUGAUGAUGCAAUUCGUUCGGGGAAGUACACGACUGCAAUUCACAAGGCAAAUGACUUGAUCAAAACAACCAGUGAAGGUAUGCGGUACUAUGAAAAGUACGACCGGUACUUUGUGGGAGCCACUGUUGUUAUUGGAUUUCUUGGUUGGAUUAUUUGUAUUAAAAUCCACAUAUUCAAGAGUAAUCCAGAUGGAAGUUUUUAUUCAAACUUGCAGUCAACCUCAUCACUCAUCACGUUUGCAGUUUGCUCUGCUGCUGUUGUAAUCGUCUUUGUCCUGUUUACACUGUCUUCUCCUAUCACUUACUACUUUUAUUCAAUGCUUCCCCUUGUCUUUUGUUAUUACAUUAUACACCAUCAGACCCUACUUGUCUUUGCUGUCGGUAAUCUUCAGUGGCGUCAGCGAUACGUUGAAUAUACCUUGACUGCUGUAUUAGCUUUUCUUAUGAUGGAGAUUCUCAUCUUCAGCUUCUACUGGCGCAGUUUAAUAUUUGGUGGUUGUUGUAUCCUUGCUGUGUGGCCACUAACAAUUCCGUCCAUCUGUACAAAGAGGGGAGUACCAAUUGUUGUAGGUUGGAUGUCGGCCUGUCUUGCUGUAGGUGUCUUUCUCCUAAUUCAUCUUCCUGGGCCUGAGCAUAGCAUUAGGCUUAUGUCAGCCGGUGUUGUCGUAUGUCUCAUGCUUGUGUCCUAUUGCAUUUUUCUAUUUGAGACAGGAGUCUUCAGACAACAAGAAGUUAUGAGCAGGGAUGAGAGAAAGCGCAGCAGGUGGCUGCUUGGACUUCAGCUCUCACUUACACUUCUAUCUGCGUACAUUGCGAUAGAUACUGUACUCAGAAGGAACAGAAAACUUGGUCUCUCUGCACUGAAUCAAACCCUAAGUUGGUUGGUCUUACUGGUUUCAUUCUUUCUCCCAUCAAGAGGUUCAAAACUUGUUCUUCUGCGAUUAUUGCACAUUGCUUUAACCUUCCUCCCUCCAUACAUUCUUCUAACAAUGGACUAUGAGACAAUCUUCUAUGCAGCACUCUGUGUACUUCUGUUCUUCUGGUUGCAAUUAGAGAGCCUUGUUAGUGAUAAAAAUUCAACGUCUCUGACAUUGCUUCGGUUUGAUAGUGAAGAUGAUGAACAGCCGGAACAGAGAGAGAUGACAUUAUCUGAUAUUCGAAUUGCUGUCUUCUUCCUGUUCUUCAUAUUGACUGCAUUCUUUGGGACAGGGAAUAUUGCAAGCAUCAAUACAUUCAACCCAUCAGCAAUUCUAUGCUUUGUUAGUGUUUUCAACCCAUUUGUUAUGGGUGGUCUUCUCCUGUGGAAAAUGGCCAUUCCAUUUAUUCUGGUGUGUGCUGCUGCUGCUGGUGUGCAGCUAGCCUUACAAAUUCCAGUCAGACAACUGUUCAUGGUCAUCCUACUGAUAUCAGACUUUAUGGCAUUGCACUUCUUCUUCAUGGUAAAAGACUAUGGCAGCUGGAUGGAGAUUGGUAUGAGUAUUAGUCACUUCGUCGUCAUGAUAACAAUGACAGUGGUAGUUCUGCUGGUGUUUACCCUGGCUCAAUUACUGACUGGUUCUGUUAAAUUGUUUGACAAGAAAAAUUUAAAAAAGAUAAUAUAAACAGCUUGACAGGUUUAGUUCUAUGAAAUAGUCACCUGUGAGAAAUUAUUCUAUAUGACUACAGCAUUGGUAGUUGAAGUUUGUUCGAUUCUUUCAUUCUAUAUAUCUUACAUAUAUAGAAUAUGCAAUUGACAAUUGAA